CCAGCAGCACUCCUUUCUCUCCCACCAGAAUAAGCGAGGCUAGACUGAGAGCUUACUACGUAGCACUGUACAAAAAGAAAAGAGCAACGAAAAAGCUGAAGUGAAAACCAACAUGCCUCGUUCCUGGGGACUAUUCCUAGCUCUUCUCUGCAUUAUAAGCCACUCCACAGCGCAGGAUUGUGAAAGUUUGGUUACAUGCACUGACUGCAUAACCAAGAAUUCCUCCUGUUCGUGGUGCAAUGACCCAAGUGUUUUUAAUCGGUUGGCGUCUCAGUUCAAUAGUCAGUUGGAGCCAAUUGGUUUAUGUCGAAGAGCUGACUUGCUUUCUUCAUCUCUUGGAGGCUGCAGCAAUGUAGUUAAUCCAAUGGGAACAAUAGAUAAGGAAGAUACACUAAAUUCUUCUGAUCCAACAGUUACUCCUCAGCUUGUCUCCCUUUCCUUGAGGCCAGGGCUCCCUCAAUCUUUUAACAUCAGUGUCUCUCCUCCCAGCUCAAUAUCAGUAGACAUGUACAUACUAAUGGACCUCUCAUUCACUAUGAGAGAUGAUCUUCAAAACUUGAGGAUGUUCUCAGAUGAGCUAGUGAGGCAGAUGCAGAAUCUUACUGAUGAGUUUAGGAUUGGUUUUGGCUCAUUCAUUGAUAAGCCAGUCUCGCCUUUCAUUGACAGAAAUACUAAUUUCUCCUGUGCUGCUGAUUAUCCAGCAGUGGCUGAGAAUGAUUGUGAAUAUACUUACGCCUUUAGGCAUCGACUGGACUUAACUGACAACGUUGAUACCUUUAAAACUGAACUGGCUAAUGCUAAAAUCUCUGGUAGUGUUGAUCAACCGGAAGCACUGCUGGAUGCUUUAUUGCAAGUAGCAGCCUGUCAGAGUGAGAUUGGUUGGCGAGAUGUCGAAGAUGCUCGUAGGCUAGUACUGGUACUGACUGAUGGGGACUAUCAUAUGGCACUUGACGGCAAAUUAGCUGGUCUGCGUGAGCAACCUGAUGGUAAAUGUCAUUUAGAUCCAACAACAAAGAUCUAUAAUCAAGCAUCACUAGUGGAUUAUCCCACUUCGACUAUGAUUGCUGAGAUGUUAAACGAUCAAAGGAUCAUCCCGAUAUUUGCAGUUGCUAAGAGUGUUACAGAGGUCUACAAUCAACUAAGCGAGAUUAUUAGGAGUGCCUUCGUUGGAGAAAUAUCUGCAAAUGCUGACAAUUUAUUGGAACUAAUAAGGAACCAAUAUAUACAACUAUCAAGCACAAUAGUGCCAGUCAUAAAUGGACUGGACGCCAUUCCAGAGCUAACAAUGACUGCCAUGCCCUUAAAUAAUUGUUCCAAUGGCACCCUAAUAUCUGGUGAUACGUGUACCAAUGUGAUGCACCCCAAUACAGUCCAGUAUGGGGUCAGUUUGGAAUUAAGUUCAGAUUAUUGUAAGAGGAGUCUGACUGGUCGAGAGACUCAUUUAUUGAAUAUUCAGUUCAUCGGGUUUGGUGAUGUCAUUGUUAAUGUGUCCGGAAUAUGCUCUUGUGGAUGUGAGAAGGAACAGGUUACCAGUAGUCCAGUGUGCUCUAGUAUCGGAACUUACGAGUGUUCCACUUGUAUCUGCCCUAGCAACCGAAACGGACCAAUCUGCCAGUGUCCAGCAACAGCCGUAGGUGGAGGAGGAUGCACUACAAGCAGUAAUAGUACAAAGAUAUGCAGUGGUAGGGGGUCCUGUGUUUGUAAUAGAUGUGAAUGUAACAGAGCACCUAAUGGACAAACAUACCAGGGUCAAUUUUGUGAGUGUGACCCCACCCUCUGCCCGUCAGGCGUACAUGAAAGUGGGCGUGUCUUACCAUGCUCCGGACACGGAGUGUGUGGGUGUGAUGGUAUCUGUAGGUGUGGUGAAGGUUUCUCAGGUGCCAACUGUGGAUGUACUAGUGACACUGACUCAUGCGUUGCACCUGCUAAUAGAAACACAGGAGAAUUAUGUUCAGGAUCAGGCCAGUGUACUUGUGGUACUUGCUUGUGUUCAGAUUAUUCUGUUAGAUUUGGUCUCUACUGUGAAGAAUGCAGCGUUUGUGCCAGGUCCUGCUCGUUCCUCUCCAGCUGUGUCCGUUGUCACAUUGAGCAGAAUUGUCCCUCAAGCUGUAAUCAUGUGAGCAUUGUAUCACCUAACGAACACAAUAAUACUGAUGAAGAACUAAGGACCUGCUCCAUUACAGAGGACAACUGUGAGGUCACGUAUCAAGUAGGAGUCUAUGUCCUUGGAACCGAAAGGAAUAUAAUGGUCAUUUUUGAUGAGACACAGAGUGACAUUAACGACUGGAGUGCUGGUUGUAGCUCCGCCUUUCCAAUAUUUGUCAUUCCGCUAGUGGUUACAAUAGGAAUCAUACUGCUGGCAAUCAUUGUAAUAGCACUCUGGGUUGCAAUGAAGUAUCUGAUUGAAUAUCUAGAGUUUAGGGCAUGGAAGAAAAGCCAAGAGGACGAACUGUGGAACACUAGUGGGGACAAUCCGUUAUUCGUUGAUCCUACCACGAGUCACAUUAAUCCGAAAUACAGGCCACGGACUACAGUCCAAGUGGUGGGCGGAGGAGAUGACUAGACCUCAUAACCUAUAAUUCUAUAUAUUCAACUGAUAGCAUUUAAAAACUUUAUAUAUCUGUACUGCAUUUGUAGCCAAUUCCUCAUCAAUCACAAAUACUAUUGAUAAUAAUA